AUGUAUUUAUUACUUUACGCUGGCAUCGAGGUUAGGACUGGGCGAAAGUGGUCAGUGAGUCGUGCGGUGGAGCUUGCAGAGAGCAGUCUCAAGCACCAAGACAUUGUGGGUAUGACAAACAUAGGAAAAGAAGGACUAGGCACCAGGAAGCACCAAAGAUGGGAGACUUCAACACAGCAGGAAAGAAGAUCCCUAGUACAGACCGAGAUCAGGAAAGAAGCAGAGCAGGAAAGAAUGUCAAGGGCAGUCCAGCUAGGACCACAGGGAAACUGGACAAGAUGGCAGGUUCCAGAAAGGAAAUUAUCCUGGCAAGAGAUCUGGCAGUACGAGCCACUCAGACUGAGUUUCCUGCUUCGUUCUAUCUACGACAUGCUCCCAUCUCCUACCAACCUGUACCAGUGGAAGCUGAUUGACGACCCGGCAUGUCCAUUGUGUGGUUCACCAGGAUCACUCAAACAUGUACUCUCAUCAUGCCCUACAGCCCUAUCUCAGGGGCGCUACAGAUGGCGUCAUGACCAGGUCCUGUCUGAGGUAGCCCAUGUCCUUGAGACCGAAAGGAAGAAAGAGAGACCGAGGCCAAACCAGAAACCGCUACAUCGGGUUCCUGAAGGAGGGAGAACAAGUACCCAAGUCAGCCCCAGCAUCGACCGGAAUCCUGAAUGA